AUGGCGCUUCUAACCUACUUUAUUGUCAUCCUUGAGCUUUUUGGCCUCCCAGGCCUCGUUCAGGCAACGGAUACAUGGCUGUGUCCUGAGAUUGUCACGCCAACAAUCCCAGUCAAAUUUAACCUAGAAUUGACGGAAGGAGAGGUUUCCCCCGACGGCUACCAGAGAAAAGGUAUCCUGAUGAAUGGCCAGUUUCCUGGUCCAAAACUGCAACUCUGUCAAGGAGACGAGGUUGAAUUCCAGGUGUGGAACCAACUGCCGUAUCCAGUGACGGUGCAUUUCCAUGGUAUUGAGCAGAAAAAUACACCAUGGUCUGACGGAGUACCCGGAAUCUCGCAGAAAGGGAUCUCGCCGGGAGGUAAUUUUACGUAUAAAUGGGUGGCAACAGAAUAUGGAAGCUAUUUCUAUCAUUCUCAUGAAAGAGGCCACUUGGAAGAUGGCUUGUAUGGGCCAAUCCAUAUCUAUCCCAAGGACUCCGUGGAACGCCCAUUCGCACAGAUCACCGAUGACCCUGUCGAGCUCAGAGCAAUGCGUAUUGCCGAGAGAAAUACAAAGCCCCUUGUUCUGUCUGAUUGGCGCCACCUUACCUCAGAGCAAAUAUGGGAGUCAGAAGAAGUCACAGGACUGGACGCGUAUUGUGUUAAUUCUCUCUUAAUUAACGGCAAGGGGUCUGUUUCUUGCUUAUCGCCAACGGUGCUCGAUGAGGUGAUGAGCGCGGAACAAAAGCAAGUCCUCAACGGCACCCACCUGUCUGAUACUGGAUGCAUACCUCCAACCGUGCCUCUAGCCCAAGGUCCUUUCUCCCAUAACUUCAGUGCGGCGCAUAAUAACAUGUUUAUGGGAUGCAAACCGUCAGAUGGCGAAAGAGAAACACUCCAUGUGGAUCCCACCCUUCAGUAUAGUAGCUGGGAUCUUAUAUCUGCAGCUGGUGUCACGUCACUCACAUUCUCAAUUGAUCAGCAUCCAAUGUAUGUCUAUGCCGUUGACGGUCGGUAUAUUGUACCCCUGCUUGUGGAAGCUAUCAAUUUGCCUCCUGGGCGACGGUUCUCUGUUUUAGUCAAACUCGACAAGCCUCCCCGGGACUACACCGUUCGAUCUGUGAUAAGCGGUUUCAAUCAGAUUAUGAACACAACGGCCACCAUGUCAUACACCACUGCUCGGGGGCUACAAAGCGAACCAUCUACCCCUUACAUUGACAUUGCCGGGCGUAACGCAACCCCAGGCACUAUAUUCAUGGACGAAAGGCGAAUUAUCCCUUUUCCCGUGGAGGUACCGGCCCAGAAAGCAGAUCAGACUUUUGUCCUGCACAUCGAUCGGUACAACUCCUCUUACCAGUGGACCCUUGGUAAUAAUAGCUUCCCUCUCGCUUUAGAAGAAUCGGCCCCUCUCCUUUUCUUUCCUGACUCCGAGGUUGCACAUAGUGAUUUGAGCAUCCGCACAAGGAAUGGCACCUGGGUUGACCUAAUCUUCUAUGUGAAAUCACCAGUCCAGCCCGAACAUCCCAUCCACAAACACUCGAACAAAUUCUUCCGCAUUGGCUCCGGUCAGGGUGAGUGGAACUACUCCUCCGUGGCCGAAGCAAUCCAGUACAUGCCCCAAAAUUUCAAUCUCCAAAAUCCACCACUCUUUGAUACGACCACCACUACCCCGGCCCUUUAUGGCCCCUCGUGGAUGGCAGUACGAUAUCAUGUUGUGAAUCCGGGGGCAUUUGUUAUUCAUUGUCAUAUGCAAGUGCAUGCUAGUGGUGGCAUGAGCUUGGCAAUGAUGGAUGGUGUUGACGCAUGGCCGCAUAUACCCAUUCAAUACCAGAUCUCCCAGCCAACUAGCUAG